AUGGACGCGCGACAGCCAGGUCCUCCGCAGCGGCCACAACUCAUCCAAAACCCGAACCACCACCCGACCACCACCUCCACAUCGUCGACGCACCCCUCGUAUUCCCAAUAUCAACCGCCGCAGGCGUCGCAGCCGCCCAUCCACUCACCCUUCUCCGACCCGUUCCAGCGCCACGACCCGUUCAUGCCGCCCGCGACGCAGCGCAGAGGAAGCUACGGCAUGUCGGGCAGAGAUAGUGCAGGAGGCGGAUGGAGGAGCAACAACGGUACGGUUCCUUGA